AUGGUUGACUGCAAACCUUGUGCCGCCCCUAUCUCUCUGAAACUUCAUAUUUCCUCUGAUUUCUCUCUUCCUUAUCCUAAGUCCUCUCUUUAUAGGAGUCUCACCAUCACCAGACCUGAGCUGUCUUACGCUGUCAAUCAAGCUUGUCAACACAUGCAUUCUCCUACCAUUGCUCACUUUUCGACUGUCAAGCUGAUCUUGCGAUAUGUUAAGGGUACUCUCCAUUUUGGUCUACAGUUCCAUCCCAGUCAGUUUCAUUUGCACGCUCAUAGUGACUCAAAUUGGGCUGGGGACUCCACUGAUCGCCGAUCUACUUCUGGCUACUGUGUCUAUUUAGGUACCAAUCUCAUAUCUUGGUCCUCCAAAAAGCAAGCCACUAUUUCCCGAUCAUCCACUAAAACUGAAUACCGCAGUCUUGCUCACACUGCUGCCGAGCUGUCUUGGUUACAAAUGCUUCUAAUUGAGUUCUCCAUUCUUCACUCUACUUCUUCUACGUUAUCCUGUGAUAACCUCUCCUCCAUGUCAUUGGCUACCAAUCCCGUUUUUCACAGCCGAUCCAAACACAUUGAAGUCGACUGUCACUUUGUCCAUGAAAGAGUUGCUUCCAACAAACUUCUCCUCAAAUAUGUUCCUUCUGCUGAUCAAGUGGCUGACGUUUUUACAAACCCCUCUCUACUGCUCGGUUUUCCUUUCUCACUGACAAGCUCAUGGUUUCUUCAACUCCCAUUAGCUUGUGGGGGCAUGAUAGGGAGUAGUUCGUAUUAUGUUGGUGUGCAUCACAUAUGA